GUUUGUUUCAAUUUUUCUCCGAUGAUGCUCGUUUUUGGUGAUAAGCGAAGAAAAGUUUGAUUUAGUGGAUUUAAAACAGGAUUUUCCGGCAAAACACCUGCUGAUCACACAAUCUGUAAGGUUUGCUACACAAAUGGCACAAAACUAAGAGAAGGAGUGGCCGGAUCUAGUGAUUUCGGAUCUAUUGGAAACAAAACAAGAUGACGAAACUUUACGCUUCUAGCUCUGGAGCAGCAAACUCGCGAGAUGUUUCCUGCGUGCCAGCCCAACAGGAAGUGGUUAUUGAGCAGUACGAUCGACUCUUGCGAGAUAUCCGCAGCCAGCUGGAUAAAUUUCCUGUUGGAGAAACUGUUCUCGUAGGAAACUGUCCUCCGGAUAUAAGUGAGGAAGAAGUUCGCAACUUUUUCCACGGAUUCGCCACCGCCGUUUGCCUGGAAAAAGUGUCCGCCAAGACGCUGACCACUACGCUUUACAUUGCCAAGUUUGACUCGGCCGAAUCGGCAUCCCGGUCCAAGGUUCUCCACACGCUGAGCCUCAAGGAGAAGAAAAUUCUGCUGCUGCAGCUCGAUGACCGCCAGCUGUUUGGGAAGAAUCACGUCGUGGAGUUGAAUGGAUUUCAAGAUCAUCCGGAGGAGGUCAUCUAUGACCACAUGUCCGCGUUUGGGCAGGUGAAUUUCAUCCUGAAAACGAAAAGCGUAGCAUACGUCGUGUACGAGGAGCCAUCUUCGGUGGAUUCGAGCUCCCGUUGCGAAUACCUGGACCAGUAUCCGGUGACGAUCCGGUCGGUGCUGGACACCUCAAGCGGAUCGGUAGCGAGCGCUUCGGCAUCGGGAAUCGAGUCCUGCAUUCUGGACCAGCUCGACCAGCACGACAGCUUGCUGGUGGAGGAAGACGAGGGACAAAUUAACAACUUUAUGCAACUGCUGGACAUGGACAACCUGGACGAGUACAUGGAGAUGAACGAGCGGGAGAAGUCGGUUGUGAUCGACAAGCCGUUGCUCGAUGUGGGCAACGAGGAAAUAAUCGCAAAUGAUGACUGCGUCGAAGAGGAGGACUCCGCGAAUGGAGCCGAUGUGGCGGCGAUUGAAAAGCAGGCUUUUCAGCGGAAACAAUCUGUUGAGGAAGGAUGCGUUCUGGUCGAUGAUCAAUCGGCGCAAUGGUUGAAACUCGACGGCAAUCUUCUGCGCUUGAUCGACCUGCCACAGCUACGGGUACGGGUUCAGAAAGCGGCCCCCAUUCGAAAGAAGAAAGACAACUGGACUCCCAGUAAAAAACCGAAACAUAAGGAAUUAGGUGAUUCGAAAUCCGACCGCAACCGCUCGGACGAAGGAGCUAAAAUACCCAAGAAGAAUAAACCCAGGAAGGAGCACAGUGACGGCGCUAAGAAAGAAAAGUCGGAGAAGCCUAAGAGCGGCGACGAUGGCCCUAAACUCGGAAAGCACCGCGAGAGUUCUCCCGCUAAGAAAUCAAGCAAAGAUAAUGCGAAGAAGGAGGAGCGUGCUCAAACCAGUGACGUCGUGGUCAACGUAGAAGUUGAACCUGAAAAGCUCAAGAGUAGCAAAGAAUCUCCUCCCAAAAAGUCCAGCAAAGAACAACCGAAAAAGGAACGAACAAAAUCAAGUCAAAGUAUCGAUGUGGUGGUGAAAACCGAACCUGCCCAGCCUGACGGAGAAACGCCAUCUAAAGCUGCGAAAGAGCCAACGACUCCAGCGAAGGACGAAACCGUCGCAUUCAACAAACAACCAGUGUUGGGACAGCGAAAGCCGGUGGUAAUUUUAAGACGGCUCACCGCAAAGCAGCUUGAAGAGCUGUCGACUGUACGGCGACCGAGUGCCAGUGUUGUUCCUACGAGUGAUGCUACUAGGGUGGAACGAGACCGUAAACACGACAAGAGCAGUGAGGAGAAGCGUCGUCGGGAGAAGGAGAAGCGAAAGCGAUCCAAACAGUCCGGUGACAGUGGCGACGCAAAGCGGCGGAAAAAUGACAAUGGUUCGAAGGAGUCGGAGAAGAAGCCCGAGCCGGUGGUGGUGGACGUGAAAAAGGCAGAACCAGUCGUGGAAGAAGAGGUGGUUCCCGUGGAAAUCACCCCCAUGGAGGUUGAGACGCCGGUUGUCGAUGGGGAAAGUGCUGCUAAAGAAAUCGUCCCCAAACCUGACUUGUCUGGCACGCUACUUUCGGACGACGAAGAGCAACGGCUUGUUAUUGAUCUGCCGGCGGAGGCAAAACUCGAAGUCGAGAAACCACCAGAGCCGGUCGUUCAACCGGAGCCAAUCAAGCCGCCACCGAAGCAAAACCGAGUGGUCGUCAAACUGGAUACGCAAAGCGCAGCGAUUUUGCACGACAAAGUGCACGACUCUUAUUUGCUCCAUCUGGACGUCCUUUCGCGGGUGUUGAUCAAGUUGAACAAAAUCAGCAUCGCCGGAUACAGACUUCCAAAGCCACCGGCCAAGGUAGACAGGCCGAAGAAAACUACCGAGCAGUCAUCCCGAAAGUCACCGGUCGAGGUGGCAGCGAAGAAACGCGAGGAGAAAUCACAUGCGGAAAAGCUUCGCAAGACCGACCUGGACAAAAUCGACAACAAGUUCCUACCGGCUGGUUCCAAGCUUAAAUCCCAAGCAAGGGCAAAAUCCAAGCACGAGAGUAGCCACAAGAAGCAGCACCACCACGUUCCGGUGCCGGAGUUGCCGGCCGAGUUGAAAAAGUCCCAUCUAAACACGAGCUUCAAAAUUCCCAAAAAGAAUGCUCACUCGUCAAAGCAUCCGGCAGCACAUUCGACGGCCAAGCACAACCGCAGUGAGCUGGAUUGCUUGCAUCAAGAGGACGCGGAACGCGAGCGGCAGCGGAAACGCUUUCAAAAAGAACCGAAGCGUCCCGAAGAUCGACACCGGAGCAAGAAACCAGCGGCGGCACCAGUCGGGGAACAACAGCGCUCGAAUACUCCGGACUUUUUCGAUCCAACAUGGGAUGACGACGGAGGCGGGGGAGGAGAUGCGUCGCCGCUACCGGAACCGGAAAUUCAGACGAAGAAACCGUUCGUUCCCGGCGGCAACGAGAAGGACAAAAAAACACCAAGCUUUCGUGACAUUUGGAAUUUACCACCGGAGAAGCCUAAAGUCUGGGAGAAAGAUCCUUGGGCAAACAACAUGGGAACCAUCGAUUCGGGAGAGAUGUGGGGUGCGGCAGAAAGGGCCCAACAGGCGGUGCCGGUUCUUCCGUUGUUUGCGCAAGAAUCAACCGGCAACCAGCGGAGCAACACCAUCGACGUUGGUGAUCGUUGGUCUCCGGAACCUGGCCGACUUGGUCGACGAUCUCCGAAUGUUCGACAUUUUUCGGACACCAUCGAUGCUGGCGAAUGUUGGUCUUCGGGAGGUGCUCCACCGAAUCGGCCCAACUCCUCAACGGAACGGCGACGCCCAAAGCCAUCGGACAAAGCGACUAUUGGCGACGGUGAGUCUUGGUCGCCGGAAGCGGACACUAGCAAGAAAAUUACGGCGCUCAACCUGGACCAACGGCGGCGGCCACCUUCCAGGCAAGAAGAGAUGCCACGCAAGCAGCCACCACCUCGUAGGCAAGAAUCGUCAGCGCCGAGGGGAGGAAUUGACACGAUUGCAUCCGGAGAUUUGUGGGACACGGAACCGGCUGGCUUCGGGGGCAAACCGAUGCUCCCUGGACCGAUUUGGGAAAGUGAGGUCAAGCUUGAGCGGUCAAAGGAGAACGUUGUUCCCGAUUUUCCGUCAGAUCCGUUGAUUCGAGGAGCUUCUCACGAUUGGAGUGAAAAUUCAAGGUCGAAUGAUCGGUUCCGUGGCGAUGAUCGAGGAAGGCGGCGCAGUCGGGAUCGAUCUCCGGCAGAUCGAAAACGCCGAAGAAGUCCCUGUUGGUCGCCCGCCCGGGGAGGACACUCACAAGAUCGCAGACCGUGGGAUAGAGACCAAAGUCCUGGGCGGCGACCUUCGCUUGACCAGCGUAAUCGAGCUAGGAAUGGUCGGUUUGACCACAGUCUCGAUAGAUCUCCACCACGGCGAGAUUCGCUAAAUCGAAGUCCUGCUCGUCGACCUUCAAUUGAUCAGCGCGGGGGCGGUCCAUUUGAUCGAAGUCUCGAUAGGUCUCCUCCACGGCGGGAUUCGCCCGACAGAAGGCGUUGGCCGAGAGGAGAUUCACCUAGAUGGGGAAUGUCACCCGAUAGGCGGCGUAGUCGAUCACGGAGUCCCGAAAGAAAGCCGACACGGGCUUGGAGUCCUUUCGGCAGUGGAGUUGGUGGCGGAAUAAAACGCCGUAGUCGGAGUAGAUCCCCACUGCGUCGAAUGUUUGGUCGGGGCAGCAGCAGGUCUCCGGAUCAACCUCCUCGCCAAAGCCCGGUGCGUCGGGGAGCAGCUCGGUUCAGAAGUAGGUCUAGAUCGCGUGACAGGCACGACGAGGACCAGUAUCGGAAGCGGUCAAGAUCGCCUCCCCCUGCACGGCAUCGGCAACAGUACCCGAGGGAAACGAGCCGCGAGCGUAGCCGGGAAGAAUCGUGGGGAAGAUCGGGACGAUCUGGUGGACGAGAUGCUCGUAACGUGUUUGGUUCGCCACCACGUGAGCUUUGGAAUGGUCCGAAGGAAGAGGAGCGGCAUAGGCCUGCAUCAACAGAUCGCAGCGAGCCGGACAGACGACAGGACGAUGAUGAAACACCGUACAGUCCUUCGAAUUUCUUGGACGGAGAUGAGGACAGCAGUAGCAACUUGCUUCUAGAGACUAUACCACUUCAGCUGCCGUUGAAGACAUCACCUCGAAAGCAACUAGGAGUGGCUCAGCGACCACAGUCUGCGACUGAAGAGCCGCCGACUGGCGAAGAAUCGGUCGUUCAACCAUCAUUCAGGAUAAAACAAGAACAACUUCUAAUGUCACAGGAAUCUACAACGAUGGAAGAGGAACCAGCUGCUUCCCCAACAGCUGAAGCUCCAGUCAACGUCAAGCUGGAAAAUCGUUCGGCAGAGCCUGUCCAACCGGCUGUUGCUGAGCAGCAGAGGCCAUCCAGUUCUGCCAAUGUCGUUGAUCCGGAAGCCCAGGAAGAAAUCGCGCCGGAACGGUUGAGCGCUCUUGGACAUUUGAAGCAACGUGCCGAGCGGCUCAAGAAGCUCGAAGAGAUGAAACUGGCCAGGCAAAAGCUGAUGGCCCAGAUCAAGCUGCAAAAGGAGACGGAUAAAAUCCCUCAAGUGGAGGAACAACCACAGCAACCGGUGCAACCGGAACCACAGAUUCCAAAGAUGCCGAAAGUGGAACCUCCAUCCGAGGAGGUUGUGACGCCUAGCGUCACCGACAUCAAGCAGGAGCCUCAUCAGGUCGAUCCAUCCGCGGCAUCGCUGCUGCUCGAAACCGCCGUCAGCAUUCUGAGCAGUUUUGGCCACCUGUUGCCGUCGAUGGCUGCCGGUCCAAGUUCAGCUGCUGCAGCUCCUCUUCCACCACUUCCAACGACGCCCUCGUUGCCACCGCCGCUACCCGCGGAAACGCCGAAACCUCCCCUACCGGAUGAACCACCACCGCUACCUCCUGCUACUGCGAUUGUUCCUCUGCCGGUAUGGGAACCUCCAGGUUUCGCUCCGAUGCCAAACCUUGGCGUUCCGCCGCCGUUCAACAUGCAGCCACCGCCUGCCGUGGCCUUCGAGGAAGUCGAGCAGCAACCGUUCCAGGACUUUUCGAUGGGACAGGAACAUAUGAACGGUGGCUUCCAGGAAAAUAGUUUCAACGACUGGCAAUCGCAAGGUCCAACCUUCAACUCCGGAGGUGGGUACGACGAUCAACCGCAAAAUUUCGACAAUUUCGACGAUGAACAAAGCUGGGAACGCCGUCAACCGCAAGAUGUUCAGCCCUUCAACGACGGCCCCGACAGUUGGCAACAGCAGCCAAACUAUUUCAACAAUCCGCAGAACCAACAGCAAGGAGAAAGUCUUAUGCUUCUCCCGCCGGAAGAGAUCCACGUGCAGCGACGCGGUCCGCCACGUCAGUUUGACGGUGGAUUCGGCGGCAACCAGGGUAAUCGUGACCCGCGGCAGCGCUUCCAGGGGAACAACCGAGGCCACAACAACAACGCUUUUCGUGAUCCUCGACGGAACAGGGGCGGAAGUAUCUACGCCGGAGGUGGGGGCGGUGGAUUUCAGCAGCAGCAGCAACAAGGCCAACAGUGGAACCGGAAUAACAACAAAAAUUUUAACCGUGGCGGAGGCCAGUUUGGAAAUCACAAUAGGAACCGCAACAACUCGUGGAAGCAGGGUAAUCAGCGACGGGGAGGAGGAUUCAAGAACUUUUUCCCGCAACAGCAGCAGCAGCAACAGCAACAACAGGGUGACGAGUUUCUCAUCGAUGGCGCAGGAGGGGACGUUUCGAACUGGGAUGACUUUAUGCAGUGAGAGGGCGCUUUGUGGGUUAGAGAUACUGAGACUAUUCAUGAACAACUAGUAACCUUUAAUGCAACGUUUCAAACGUUAUAGCUGUAAAAGUCACAGCGCGCAGUAUGUAUAAUGGUUUGAACUGUACAUAGAGAGAAAACUAACGCGCAUUGUACCAUAGUUAAAUAAAAUUUCUGGCACAGUAUAAUAAAUGUAAUUAAGAUAAAACAUUUGAAAUGAAAGUAGAAAAACGCGGAGAGCGCUAGCGAACACAAAACUUACUCAUUUGGAUUAGAAUUCACCUGUACUGAAUGUGUAAAAAUAAUAAAAUUAUUUGGCGUUGCAAAACAUGUUC